AUGUCCAUCCGCGGGCCUCUGGUGGAAGGUGGCGUGCCGCCUAGUGGGCCCUUUAUGGGUAUCAGCCCAGGGUCAGACGCCGUGUGCACCUCUCCAGGGUCGGGGGAAGGCCCCGUGUGUGCCCCUUGCUGGAAGAUACAGAUAUGGCUGGAGAAUCCAGACCUGGCCCAGCCCGGCCUAGCCAGAAGAGGCAGCAGGACACAGACAUUUUCUGACGCCCGUCUUGGCCGCUGCUCCCCUCGGGGAAGUGCCCCACGACCCCGAGGAGGGAUCCCACCCUCCCGCCUGCGGCUGCGCGGCUCCUUCCCCUCCCUCCGCGGCCGGAAUCAGCCGCGCCAAGCGUUUCCGGGCCGCCCCCCAGAGCUCCAGAAGCCAGCCGUGGGGGCGGCCGGUCCGCCCGCCGGCCGCUCUGAGGACCCUGCAGCACGGGCGGGCCGGGCCGGCACCCCAGAAUCAGAAAGUAACUAUAAUCCAAACUAUGAGCUGCACAGAGAAGGCAUCCCCUACAGGGUGUAUGGAUACCAGAGGAUCCCCCCACUCAUCAAGCAAGUGCCUACCAAGAUUCGGAGGACUCCUGUGAGCCUGGGGGUGAAGAGCAGCCGGAGCCCCUACAAAGCCUCCAGGAAUAGCCACCUGCCUCCCAGGCAGAUAAAGUUGCACACUGCCGAGCUGCACUCCAUCUGGGAGGCACUGAGCCAGAUCAGAGCCCAGGUGGACGGCCUGCUGGAGAGUCUGCAGCACAUCGACCAGCAGAGGGAUCAGUCUACAGGUGAAGAAGCAAGCAUCUCACAAGGAGGGCAGCCAAGAGGAGACGGGAACCCUUCCAGGACCAUCAGCUCCACAGGCUUUCUUUUUGGAUGCCCUUCAGCUGCACCCAAGUAACCAGAGGCACUCAUUCUGGAGCUAAGGCAAUGGGAAUGAAGGCAUGGUUCAGCCAUCAGCCAGGCCUCCCCAGUGGUUGCACGGAGGCUGUUUUCAGAUGAGUCUUAGGGUAUGGUAGGGAGCGAGACCUGUGACCGCCCAACUGCAGCUCCACAUCCUAAAUGCAAAUAUUGCCUUAGCUGCUCUGCCAUCCUCAUGCACCAAUCCUGG